AUGCAUGUUAUUGAAGCUCCUAACUGCGAACCGAACUGCGUCGCUGCCAAAAACUUGAGUAUAACUCUCGAGGCGUUGCUAACCCUGGCAACGUCAAAGGCAACCCCACAGGAACGCUUAGAAGUAUCCGAAACUUUCAAGCAGGUUGUAAAAUACAUCCAACAUAUAUUAAAACAAUCCCAUGACCGCAGUGCCAUUGAUGCAGUAUGCGAGCCUAUACCCAUUUCUAUGCCACUACCCAUAGCCGAUCCUCAAACUAGAUCGCCGGCCGAGGAUGCGGAACAGGACCAAGCGGGGGUCUCUGAAUCAUCUCAAACCUUCGGGCUAGAGGAAAACAAAUCUGUUUCAGCACGCAAAUUUUCGGAGGGACGUGUUGUUCUGACUCGAGACGAUAUGGGCGAGAAGAUGCCUGAGACUCUCCACAGGCUGUUACAGAGCCCUGGGUUCAAAAACCCAGCAAAACUGAGUUUUAUCGGCGAGGAAACUGGGAAAGAAUGCAUACGCCAGGCCAUGGAACGUGAAAAACACCCAGAUGUGCGGUACAAUCUCCUCACACCACGAGCAGAGGGCGGCAUGAAGGUUACUAAGAGCGAACCUCCCUCAGGGGACGCCGCGGAGCUCCCCAUCGUCAAUCUCGACAGUUCGCUUCCCUACAGCCCCCUAGAUGAAGCUGUGGCCUCUCGAAAGACCAGAACCGUGUGCCACUUCGCCGGCAUCAUAGACUGUGAUCACCCCAUCUACAAGAAUACUCCUUUACAUUCCGGCCCGUUGCUAGCAGGCAUGGCAAACGUGCUCACACACGCCAACCAGACAUACACACAUUUUGGCGAUGCGGGGUCCGCUACAGCGAUGCACAAGGAAGAUGAUCGUUUCCUCUCCUAUAACAUAGUUCUCUUUGGCCUCAAGAAAUGGGUCAUGAUUCGAAAAGAAGAGACAGAGAAGUUUGAGAAUUGGGUCUCCUUGUAUAACAAGACAUGCCGUUGUGAUCAAUUUGUCCGACACUUGAACAUCUUCUUCAACCCAGAGGAAUUACAGAAGGCUGGGAUCGGCUACGAUAUUAUCACACAAGGUCCGGGUGAGCUGGUGGUCACUCAGGAGUAUCAGUACCAUCAAGUCUUCAACAUUACGCCAACGCUAGCUAUCGCAACCAAUUUCCUACCGCCCGGUGUACAGCCGAGGGUCAAGAGUGAGCAGGAGCGGCUCAAGGUUUGCUCUUUGUGCGGCAUUGGUGGUUUGUAUGGACUAGAGGAAUUUUAUGUUGACUGGGUAGAUGAUACCUUUCGACCGGAUGGAUCACAGAAGAGGAAGUUGAUGAUUGGUCAUGGGGUUGCAAGGAGGAGGAAGAAAACACAAAGAUGGGAGCCUGCUGUUUCCGCCAGGCAGACCAGACAGUUUACCAGACGACACAAGGCGGAGGAUAGGGUGACAGAUGACCGCGGAACUGUUGAUAGGGUGGUGUCUAGGAGACUAGAGACGGUAGUGAAUGGAACGGCAGAUGACCGAGGCGCUGUCCAAGAGGACGGGCCAGCGAACGAUGUCAUGCGACGCGCCAUGAAAGAACUAGAGCGUGAUGGCGAGUUCGUCCUCAUACCAGAACUCUCUAAUAACACAAACUCAGGUACUCGAGUGAAUCGUCUCGCGAUGGCCGUCUUAAGCAAGCACGCCAUUGAGCAGUUCAUCACUGCCAUCAAGGUCUCAAAACAGAAACCAGAAGACUUCAGGCGCACGCCGAUCGCUUCUCUCCAAGAUGGUAACAACACAGAACAGCAAAUCAUCAAGUUAGUAGCUGAGAGGGUCAAACUCAUAUCUGGAGACGAAAACAAGGGCAACUACUACACCAUUCUGACUCGACACAACCUGUUCCAGUUUGCAGCCCGCUACGCCCUGUUGAGAGGUGAGCGUCAACACAUCAGGAAAGACGUUCUCGACAUGGUCGCAGAAAUAAGUGGUUGCACAAAAAGCACGAUCCAGAAGCGAGCCCAGAUCGGAGAUAAAUGGAAGAUGGUCUGUGGCAGAUUGACCGACGGCGCUGGACUAUUGGCCUUCCUGCCCUGCCGGGACAGCCCUUUUGACGUGAGCCAGUCUUUUUAUUUGGAUCUGGCAAAGGAGAAGAACAGGGAGGAUUUGGACAUGUUUCAUCGGUUACUGGAUCAUCAGUACGUACGCGAGCUGUGCAUGAUUGCGAAUACGUGGUUUGAUGCCGUAGAUGGAGGAAAGGAGCUUGCAGACGUGGAGGAUAUUGAUGUGCAGGUGUCAGAUAAAGAUGAGAUCAUUAGGUAUCUUUGGCGUUUGGUACAAACGAAAGAUAGUUAA